AUGGAAGCAGGGAACCACACAUGGGUUGUGGAAUUCCUUCUCCUAGGCCUUUCAAAAGAUCCAGAAUUGCAGCCUCUUAUCUUCAUGGUAUUUCUCUCCAUGUACCUGGUCACUGUCAGUGGGAACCUACUCAUUGUCUUGGCCAUCCUCUCUGAUCCACACCUCCAUGUGCCCAUGUAUUUCUUCCUCGCCAACCUGUCCUUGGUGGACAUCUGCUUCACCUCCACCACCGUCCCCAAGAUGCUGGUCAACAUUCAGACACAGAGCAGAGCCAUCAGCUAUGCAGGCUGCAUCACACAGAUGUUCUUCUUUCUCCUAUUUGGAGGUCUGGAUAAUUUUCUCCUGAUCAUGAUGGCCUAUGACCGGUUUGUGGCCAUCUGUCAUCCUCUGCACUAUACAGUCAUCAUGAACCCCCAUCUCUGUGUGCAUUUGGUUCUGUUGUGCUGGACCAUCAGUGUCUUGCCUGCAUUGUUACACAUCUUAAUGGUGCUGAGGCUGAGCUUCGGCACACACGUGGAAAUUCCUCACUUUUUCUGUGAGUUGAACCAGGUGGUCCACAGAGCCUGUUCUGACACCUUUCUCAAUGACCUCAUGAUGUAUCUUGGUGCUGUGUUGCUGGGAGGAGGUUCUCUGGCUGGGAUCCUGUACUCUUACUCUAAGAUUGCCUCCUCCAUCCGUGCCAUCUCAUCGGCUAAGGGGAAGUAUAAAGCCUUUUCCACCUGUGCCUCUCACCUCUCUGUUGUUUCCUUGUUUUAUGGAACAGCACUGGGUGUGUACCUCAGUUCAGCUGCUACACAAAACUCACACUUAACAGCCAUAGCCUCGGUGAUGUACACCGUGGUCACGCCCAUGCUGAACCCCUUCAUCUAUAGCCUGAGGAAUAAUGAUAUCCAGAGGGCUGUGAAAACACAUCUGAGGGAAAUCUCCCGAUGGCCAUUUUCAAGUCAUAGUCAACAAAGCAGGUCUUUAAAACUCAGGGCUUGCAGAUGUGCCAAAUAG